AUCCACUCAUGCUAGUAUACUUUGGUUGUGUGAGACCAUAUCUGGUUACUCCAACAGCUAGCAGAUGUCGUUCUUUUUCAUUUAAUUCAGAAAGGGGAAGGUCGGAAAGUUUGGACUUUGACUCAUUGUCAUUACUCAGUCGUACCAGAAAUGAUCAACUACUCAUGCGAUGUGUACACUCCGUUUUAUCAGUAUAGACAUCGUCUGUAUGAGUCGUUCGUCGCAUCUUCGGUUCUACUUGGACUUCAGAUCAUCCCAGCUGUCAUAUUCAACCUUUCGAUUUUACUGGUGAUAUGGAAAACCCCUACAUUGCAGUCUCCUUCUUAUCUGUUCUUGUUCAAUCUGGCUGUUUCGGACCUCGCCAUAGCUAUUGUCGGCUCUCCAUCAGUUAUCUUUAAUUUAAUGUCUCAUGUUUAUGAACUAGAUCAUCAACUAAUCUGCAUUUCAGUGUAUUCUUGUUGCGUUUUAUCGAGUAUCUUCUCCAGCGUGUCUUUCCUGACAAUAACUGCUGCAACUGUUGAUCGAUAUCUCGCUUUAAAACUUCACCUAAGUUAUGCUGCCCGUGUCACUACCUUUCGCGUUGUAGGAGUGUGUGGCUUCAUGUGGCUGUUCUGCAUUGCUAUUUCAUCUUUACUUAUUGUCAGCAUACAACUAUAUUGUCUUAUUGUCUUUCCGACAUUAUUGUUUUGUCUUUCACUUAUGGUCUUUUGCUAUUGCAAAAUCUUGAUUGUGAUUCGCCAUCACCACAAGCAAAUCCAGUGCCAACUGAAUCCAUCACAGGUAAAGGAACCGCCUUUACAAAACAUGUCGAGAUUCAAAAAAUCAACUUAUAACAUAUUGCUCGUGUUUGCACUCAGCAUUCUUCUGUACAGCCCAGUGGUUAUUGGUCUUCUAGCUCUUGUAUUUAAUGAGAACGUGUUCAUGAAUGGACUUCGAUUUUUCGUGCUUGUUUUUCCCUUUGUGUUUAUGAAUUCUACUCUUAACCCUCUUCUAUACUGUUGGAGGUUGACUGAUAUUCGUCAAGCGCUCAAACAAAAAUGGAGGCAACUUUGCUGUCGUAAUUCAUAACUGUUUUAUGCAUGCUUUGAUACAUACGUCUGACACAAGGGAAGGGUUAUGUCGAGUGAUCAUUUCACUUAAUCUACUGUGAGAUUGUCGAAAGUACAACCUGAGAAUGUUGUUUUAGAUCGUGUGUUUGGGAGCGUUUUUUUAUUUAUUUAUUUAUUUAUUUUGCGAUGCUACGAAAACUAAAAGCUGUGGGGUGCUUUCAAUCCCAAAGAGGCCGCUGACAAAAAGGGCUUGGAGUCCGCUAUAAUAACCUUGAGUUCGUAGAAAUAUUUCCAAUGAAGGCUGGUCCUUCAGGAAAGGUUCGCUUUAUAUUGCAAAGCUCAAUAUUGGAUUUAUUGGACUGAAUUUGUUAGCAAUUAGCUUCACUAAUGUAGACUGUUUUUAUUUCAAAAAGCUAGCCGUAAGAAUAGCAUUGCAAAAAUACUGAUAAAUAAUUCCUUUCAAUACACGAAAUGCAUAAAAAUUGCUUGUAGGAAGAACAUAGAAUGGUGUCAGGCUGACACGAAGUUUUAUUUUAAUAUGCGCUAGAAUUUUAGUGCUAGAGGCUAAAACAUAUCGACUGAUUUUCGCAUUGUUACAACAAUAAGUGAUCGCCGUAAAAACAAUAUUAAAAGUACACAUUAAUUUCCAGGAAAAAAAGUGCGUUUUACAUAUUUGUGUGUAAGAUACUUUUACUGAAAA